AUGUGCCCGAGCCUGGAGAUGGAAAAUUCAUCCUGGCGCCUGGAAGAACCGGAGAAACCCCCGCGGAGACGCCCCAGGAUUAUUGGCGCCGCCAUUUGUCUUCAUUUGGACCUCAAGCCAGUGUCACUUCACCAUAAGCCCCAUACCCAACGAGCAGGCCCAACUAGCUUCCACUUCAAGAAACUGAACCUAACAAUGCUACGACUAGUCCUGAUCCUGCUCCUGGUCCGGGUGAGCCUAUCAGAAGACCCCAGCUAUCCGUAUUACUUUCGAUACUAUCCGGCAGUGGGCAGUGUCACAUAUGUCUCCGAGAUCCCUGGCGACCGGCCUUACCUAUUGAUAAUGUACAACCCCGGAUCUUCUCGCUGCGCGCAUGCUAUACCAUAUUUUGGAGUAGCCGCAAAUCUCCUAGCCCAGCGUGGAAUUCCAAGCGGUGCUCUCUCAAUUUACUACAGCCGGAACGAAUACCUUAGGCUCGUAUCCGGCAUGGGAUAUAUGCGCUACCCGAUAAUCGUGCUCUUCUCAAGAGGGCGUUACGUUUUCUACAACGGCCGAGACCCGAUGCAAGCGUCACAAUGGGACUACUAUCACUUUGCAAUUACACACGUA